AUGAAAGACCCUGGACUGUUGGUUCCUGGCUGGGCACUCUUGGCCCGUGUGGCUGCUCCCCCGAUGCUCACCCGCGACGAGCCCACGUUGGAGACACUAUCUCGCACCGGCUCGAACAACAGCUCAGAUGCUGACCCACCGAGAUAUUUUGAUCUAGACCCUCGCUCAAAUCCUCAGCUAGCACGGCCCACGGGCGAGAUGUGUUCUCCAGAGGGCCAAUGGAAUUGCAUGACAACCUCAUGGCAGCGCUGCGCAAGCGGCAUGUGGAGCGCCGUGAUUCCAUGUGCGGCGGGGACAAUCUGCCAGCCUUUUGGGCUUACGGAUUUCAUUACCAUUGAGCACGAUCCAAGUGCCAUCGCUGGUUAUGGGGAUAAUGGCCAUGCGAGUGAUGGUGGUCGUGAUAAGAGUGGGAAGAAGAGUGUUGGCCUUAGAAACUCACCCGGCCUGGUCUUGCUCGCUGGGGCGGUUGUGACUGGGGUUUCUUGGAGUUUUCUUGUGUGA